UCGAGUUCAACUGGUGAGUCGAACAGAAACUGUAUUUUUUUUACACACUACAAAACCCAGAAUACUGGGCGCUGUCUUACGUCAACCGCAAUCACAGUUGUAUCUCCAACAUGGCGUCGCUGGGAAGGAGGCGCGGUGUCCCAGUAAGCAGGGAGAGGGGUGUGAUGGCGGCGUCAGACUGCUACAUCGUGCACGAGAUCUACAAUGGGGAGAAUGCACAGGACCAGUUUGAGUAUGAGCUGGAGCAGGCGCUGGAGGCCCAGUAUAAAUACAUUGUUAUCGAGCCCACGCGGAUCGGAGACGAGACGGCCCGUUGGAUUACUGUUGGCAACUGCCUGCACAAGACAGCCGUGUUGUCGGGUGCUGCUUGCCUCCUGACGCCACUUUCGCUGCCUGUUGAGUACACGCGCUAUGUGGCGUUGCCCGCUGGCGCCCUCAGCGUGGCCUGUGCCGCCCUCUAUGGGAUUUCGUGGCAGUUUGACCCCUGCUGCAAGUACCAGGUGGAAUACGACAGCCAAAAACUCUCGCGGCUGCCCCUGCAUACACUGACCUCCUCGACGCCCGUGGUAUUGGUACGCAGGGAUGACAUCCACAGAAAGAGACUCCAUAAUACGAUAGCACUGGCUGCCCUGGCGUAUUGCGCCAAGAAGAUCUACGAACUCUAUGUGGUAUGAGUGCACUCUGAAGAGGAUUUAAGAACCAACAGAAAAAAAAGGAAAAACGAAACAAAAAAAAAAAAAACCUACCCACCCCCCAUGUAAGGGAAAAAAAGUCACAAUCAAGUCCAGCAUUCAGCUCCACGUGUGGUGGGUGCCUCUUUUUUGAACUUUGAUCAGAGGGAUAUAGUUAAAACUAGAAGGAAUUGGGUUUUUUUUCCCUUUUACAUUUCCUUUACUUCUAUGUGACAACAACUGCACACUUAUCUCUGUAGUACACUCAAGCCCCCCCCCACUUUCUCCAUCCUUGACACACAACAAGUUAGCGCACAAGGGUAUGGCAGCAGUUCCUCCGGACAGAGGUGUAUUGGAAUAACAAUGGACAGACAUGUUUUGUGUACCAAGUUCUUUCCCUGUUUUCCUCGUAGUUUUACUGUACCCCUUUCUUGCUGAUCAGUACAUCACCAUUUCAUUAAACAUUAGGAUAUUUCAAACUCACUUUUCUGUAUUUUAUUUUGCUUUUUACAUUAAAUGGAUUCAACACGAUGUCCGGGAAGGAGCAAAUAGAUCCAGCUUCUUUGA